AUGGCUACCACGGCUGAUUCUGCAGGCCCAGCACGGACUCAGUCGGCGUCCACGUACUCAGAGGACCAGCUCCCUGAAUUCACACCUAUGCCAUGGACUCUGAGUGAGAUUCGCGCUGCUAUCCCUGCACAUCUCCACGCGCGCCAGACGUGGAAGGGGAUGCUCUACCUCUUGCGUGACAUCCUAAUGGCAGCCAUUGUAUGGAAGCUCGCGCUCUACAUCGAUCCUUCGUUCAAGAGUGAGACUGCCGUGCGAACGUUGACGCCGGUAGGAGCGGAAGCCGCACGCUGGGGCGCCUGGCUUGUUUAUUGGUGGUUCCAGGGUCUGAUCUUCACAGGGAUCUGGGUGAUCGGGCACGAGUGCGGUCACGGCGCAUUCUCGUCCAACAAGCGUAUUUGCGAUAUCAUUGGAUUUAUUACGCACACGUUCCUGUGGACACCCUACUUCAGCUGGCAGAUCUCUCAUCAUCGUCAUCACAGCAAUCAUGCGUCCAUGGAGCGCGACGAGGUAUAUGUGCCCAAGACACGCGCCGACCUGGGCAUCCCUAAGGAGAGUGAGGGUGCAAUCGACUAUGAGGAUUACCUCGGCGAUACACCAAUCUACACGUUGUUUGCGCUUAUCCGACAACAGGUUUUGGCCUUCCCGGCAUAUCUUCUAUUCAACGUCUCAGGGCAGAAGAACUACCCGAAAUGGACCAAUCACUUCGAUCCCAAUUCUAUUCUUUUCACGAAGAGGCAGCGCAAUGCCGUCAUCAUGUCGAAUAUCGGCAUCGCUACUAUGGUCUACAUUGUGCUCGAGGCCAGUCGCACCUGGGGCGCGAGUGAGAUCAUGAAGUACUAUGGCAUCCCAUGGCUGUCGGUCACUCACUGGUUCAUCAUGAUCACUUACCUUCACCACACGGACGUCGAACUCCCUCACUACCGCAACGGACAGUGGAACUUCCAGCGGGGCGCUGCGGCGACUGUAGAUCGUAAUUUCCUCGGCUGGCAAGGGCGCUUCUUCCUGCACGAUGUCGCCCACUUCCACGUCAUUCAUCACUUUUUCCCUAUGAUGCCCUUCUACCACGGGCCUGAGGCAACGAAAUAUCUCAAGGAGUUCAUUGGCGACCACUAUCGGUAUUCUGAUAAGCCCGUGUUCAAGGCGCUCUGGGACACGUACAACAAUUGCCAAUUUGUCGAAGAUGAGGGUGACAUUCUCUUCUACCGUGACCGCAAGGGCCAGGCGCGCGUACGCCCCGCUGAGCCCUUCAGGGAAUCCACUAUAUCAGCGAGCGUGUCUCGUUGAUCUUCAAACCACCGUAUACAGUUCAGAAGUGUAUCAUCGCCGGAUUGCCCUGGCGCCCUUGCUUCUACACUGUUCAUCUAUCGUUCACGCUGUCUUACCACGCUAUGUUCUGUGUUUCGGUAGCCUGUCGGCAUUACUUGUUCCAACACUGAUGUCUCCUUAGAACCCCUCUCCCCCCUUGUAACCGCAGCAUGAUGUUGUAUGCCUUGUAAUCGAGGCAUCUUUUGUACUGGUAUGGGUCAGAUAAUCAGUGUUGUUGUACGACCAUCACCGUAAUGCCAUUUUCACGAUUCCAUGAUCU